AUGCCAGAGAAAACAAGAAUGAUUUUUAAUGAAAUCAAUGAAAUUAAAGACGAAGUGUAUUGUCAACCGAAAAACCAAAAUUUUUCAUCAAUUGAUGCUAUUAUAGCACCAAAUGUUUUAUUUCAAAUAACAGUUUUUUGUGUCUAUCCUAUCAAGCUAAACGGGUUAAAACAACUCUAUGACAA